GAAAGAGAGUAUAUAUAUUGAAUUGAGUCCGUCUGUGUUUAUUGUAGAAAGAAAAUGUUGAGGAGAAUUGCAUCAGUUUUGUUGAUAGUAAUUUUGGCCUUAGCAUACAAGGCCAUUAAACCUCCAGCCCCAAGAACAUGUGGUUCACCAGGUGGUCCACCCAUAACAGCAACAAGGAUAAAGCUUAGAGAUGGAAGACAUUUGGCCUACAAAGAAUAUGGGGUUCCAAGAGAUUUAGCUAACAAGAAGAUUGUAUUCAUGCAUGGCUUUGGAUCUUGCAGACAUGAUACAGUCAUUGCAACAAACCUUCCUUCUGGGUUGCUUGAGGAAUUAGGAGCAUAUAUUGUGUCAUUUGAUAGACCAGGGUAUGGAGAAAGUGAUCCUGAUCCAAAAAGAAGUGUCAAGAGUUUAGCUCUUGAUGUUGAGGAGCUUGCAGAUAAUUUGGAAUUGGGUUCCAAGUUCUAUGUCAUAGGAUAUUCAAUGGGUGGACAAGCUGUUUGGGGUUGCCUCAAAUUCAUUCCCCACAGACUUGCUGGGGCUACAUUGUUGACUCCAGUGGUAAACUACUGGUGGCAUGGACUUCCUUACAACAUGUCUGUAAAGGCCUAUUAUGAGCAACUUCCACAAGAUCGAUGGGAACUUCGAGUUGCUCAUUAUGUUCCAUGGCUUACAUAUUGGUGGUUUACUCAAAACUGGUUUCCUACUUCAAGUGCAUUAGAAGCCAAUCCUGCUAUUCUUUCUCCCCAAGAUUUAUCUAUUGUUUCCAACUUUGUUCCAAAAGAACAUCAAUCACAGGUGAAACAACAAGGUGAGCAUGAAUCUAUAUGCCGUGACGCCAUGGUUGGUUUCGGAUCUUGGGAUUUUGAUCCACUUGAUCUUGAUAACCCUUUCCCAGAUGAUAAAGUCCAAGUUCAUCUAUGGCAAGGUGAUGAAGAUGGGAUUGUCCCCGUUACGCUGCAACGAUAUAUUGUUCAAAAACUUCCAUGGAUUGAAUACCAUGAAUUACCAGGUGCUGGACACUUGUUUCCAUUUAUCAAAGAAGUAAGUGCAGCUAUCAUCAAAGCACAGUUGCUGGAUACAAAAUAGUGCACUGAUGAAGUUAAGUUGCCAUUGUUAGUUUUGGUGAUGUUGUUACAAAUUUAAAGUGCAAAUUGGGAGAGGUACUUUACUAUUUACAUUCACCAAAAGAAGCUAAGGAAUCAAUUUUCACUUGUUAAAUAUGUUUAGAGUAAUAAUAGAUGUAUAUCUAUUGGACACCCCUCUCUCAGGAUCAUUGAAGAUGCAGGAUUUUGUAAUGUAGUGGUAUUGUUUAAAUAAAAAUCCAAUGAAGUGAGGAUUUUUA